UGCACGAAUUCGAAAUUUUGAAUUUUUAAAAUACCGUACUACCUUGGUUGAAGUUCUAGUAAUCUAUCCUAAGUGCCAUCCAUCUAUUUAUGCGUCACCCUGGUACGUGUGUCGCCUGUAAAUGUCCACGGGGUCGUUGUACACAGUGUAGCUGUGGUUGUUGUUGUGUUCGAUGGGGAAGUGGGCGGCAUGUUGCGGCGGAUUGGCCGGCUCGUAAAAGUCCAUCAGGUAUUGCAUCGACUGCGAAAAGUUCUGUUGACCGGCGGGGGGUUCUUGCUUGGGAAACGAAGAUGACGUGGGCAGGGAGUGGUGGUGGUGGUGGUGGGUGCUGGCUGGGAGUGGCAUGUGCACAUUGUUUCCAAACGACGCCGAGUUCUCAUGCGAAUACGACGAUGGCGCGGACGAAUGAAGUUGCGGCAGCUGCGGCGGCGCCCACAGCAUCGAAUGGUGGUUGUGAUGAUGUGACGGAACGUGCGACGUGGGGCGCAGGUGGCUCGACGACGUGGUAUGAUGCGGGGAGUGGUGAAAGUUGCUAUUGCUAUUGGCGCCGCUUGGUGGCAACAACAUCACGUUCCUGCUCGACUUGCUCGGGUUGGCCAUGUUGCUGCUACUGGUCGGCGGCGGCAGGUGUCUCGGGGCUGCGUGCAUCCCACUUGUCGACAUCGGUGGCUGCGUUGAGGUCUGGCCGAACGACCGAGUGCGAAGGCCACGAUGGUGGCGGGCUAGCUUUUCUCGGUACUUUUGAGCAUGGGUUUGCGUUUGUCGAAUCGUGCGCGUGCGAACCAUCUCGGCGAUCUUCUUCCACGGACCUUGCGGAAACAUCUCAGUCGCUUGGAGGAACCGCUCGUGCUCGUCCUUGGUCCACGUGCCUUUUCCCGACGUCGACCCAUGGUCCAAGUCGCCGGCAAGCGGCGAGCUCGUGGUGCUGUGAGACGUCGUCAUGUUGUUCAACAUGAUAGUUUGCUCGUCGUGUACGUCCUCGUGGUGGUUGGGUGCGGCAAUUCCAA